UAUAUAAGUGCGUGAAGAUCUGAUGGUCUUCUGAGAACUUCGGAGGGUUGAAAGAUCGAGAAGCUUUUUCUCUUUGCGGAGCCGAUCUCUUCGUCUCGCUAGCCUCAGCGAUUUCUCUCAUAUAUUUCGAUCCUUUCUUCGAUCGGUAAAGCAAUAAUGGGGAUUGUGCGUGGUGGCCUUGCGAUUCCUUUGAUGCUAUCGAUCAUUUCGCUGCAUCUGAGUUCCCCGGCCUCGUCCGCCUCCGAUGGAUUGGUUCGAAUUGAUCUGCGGAAGAAACCAUUGGAUGAAAAUAGCAGGCUUGCGACGCGGUUUUCGAAGAACGAAAUAAAGGGUUUGAUGUGGCAGAGAUUUGGAGUGAGGAGUAGUGUUGUGAAUAACGGAGAUGAGGAUAUUAUUUCGCUCAAGAAUUAUAUGAACGCGCAAUACUUCGGGGAGAUUGGCAUUGGUACUCCUCCUCAGAAGUUCACUGUGAUCUUCGAUACCGGUAGCUCGAAUCUAUGGGUUCCAUCUUCUCGGUGCUACUUUUCGCUCGCUUGCUACUUUCAUCCGAAGUACAAGUCAGAACUAUCGAGCACUUAUCAGAGGAAUGGUAAAUCUGCAGACAUCCAUUAUGGAACAGGAGCAAUAUCAGGUUUUUUUAGUGAAGAUCAUGUUACAAUCGGUGAUCUAAUUGUUAAAGAUCAGGAAUUUAUUGAAGCCACAAAGGAGCCAGGUCUCACAUUCCUGGUUGCAAAAUUUGAUGGCAUACUAGGACUUGGAUUUAAGGAAAUAUCAGUCGGAGAUGCUGUGCCUGUGUGGUAUAAUAUGGUUGAACAGAAACUUAUCAGAGAACCUGUCUUCUCAUUCUGGUUUAACCGAAAUGCUGAGGAUGGUGAGGGAGGUGAAAUUGUGUUCGGGGGAGUAGAUCCAAAUCAUUAUAAGGGUGAACAUGUGUAUGUUCCUGUUACUCAGAAAGGUUAUUGGCAGUUUAAAAUGGGAGACCUACUUAUUGAUGAUGAAUCUACUGGCUAUUGUGCCGGUGGUUGCGCUGCAAUUGCAGAUUCUGGAACUUCUUUGAUCGCUGGGCCAACGACUGCCGUGGCAGAAAUUAAUCAACAAAUUGGAGCUUCUGGUGUUGCUUCUCAAGAGUGCAAAGCAGUAGUUACACAAUACGGGAAACAAAUUAUUAAACUGCUGAUGUUACAGACAAAGCCAAACAAAGUUUGCUCUCAGAUUGGUCUGUGUGCAUUUGAUGGAACUCAUGGAGUUAGCACUGUCAUUGAGAGUGUAGCCAGUGAGAAUGCAGAUGCUUCAGCACAUUUCAACAAUGAAGCUAUGUGCAAUUCUUGCGAGAUGGCAGUCGUAUGGAUGCAGAACCAGCUACUGCGAAACCAGACAGAAGAAGGAAUCUUGAAUUAUGUCAAUGAGCUCUGCGAACGCCUGCCUAGUCCCAUGGGAGAAUCAUCAGUGGAUUGCACCGCUUUAGAUUCCAUGCCUGUCAUCUCUUUCACUAUCGGUGCUAAGACAUUUGAUCUCACACCAGAGCAGUACACUCUCAAGAUUGGCGAGGGAGCUCAGGCACAGUGCAUCAGCGGGUUCACAGCCUUGGACGUUCCUCCACCACGAGGACAUCUCUGGAUUUUGGGAGACGUCUUCAUGGGAGUCUAUCACACAGUCUUCGACUACGGCAACUCGAGGGUCGGAUUCGCACCUGCUGCGUAGUAAGCAAGUUAUCGUUUGGCACCAUCACCCCAUGAAAACACUGUUUUUAACUUUUAAAAUUCUGUGAUCCAAUGUUUCGAUAUCCAGACGCAGAGAAACUUUCAUGAAAGACCAUGUUUAUUUGCUAAAUC